AGCCCCACUAAGAUUCUUCAUUGCAGUCAGUCAUAUUAUGAAUCAAGGCGACAUCGUCGGAUUCCAUUUUCUCACAUAUUAGAGACCUCCUAGGUGCUUGAGAAUUCUAUUCAUUCUUAUUAUUUUCCAUUAUUUUCUCUAUUUUGAAUCAAAGUCGUUAAAAACACGCGCUACAGUCUAGAUGCCACCAGCGCUGUGUGUCCUCUGCAAGACAGAGCGAGCCUUAAUCAAGAGACCUAAAAACUACCAAAAACUCUGCAAGGGUUGUUUUAUCCAGAUAUUCGAAGAUGAGGUACACCAUACCAUAAUCUCAUCUCAGCUAUUCUUUCCCGGGGAAAGGGUAGCUAUUGGUGCAUCCGGUGGUAAGGAUUCAACUGUCCUGGCAUCAGUAUUGAAGACUUUGAACGACAGACAUAACUACGGUGUCGAUUUAAUCCUCCUUAGCAUUGAUGAGGGAAUCAAGGGAUACAGAGAUGACUCCCUCGAGACAGUCAAGCGCAAUGCAGUACAGUACGAUAUGCCGCUAAAAAUAGUAGGUUAUGGCGAACUGUAUGGCUGGACCAUGGACCAAGUCGUCGAGACUAUCGGCAAGAAAGGCAACUGCACAUAUUGCGGAGUCUUCCGAAGACAGGCCCUAGACAGAGGCGCAAAAAUGUUGGGAAUCAAGCAUGUCGUUACUGGCCACAAUGCCGACGAUGUCGCCGAGACCGUCUUAAUGAAUCUCCUUCGGGGAGAUUUAUCGCGCUUAUCACGAAGCACCAGUAUCAUCACCGGAAGCGAUGCUAGCGAAGUCAAAAGGAGCAAGCCCCUCAAAUAUUCAUAUGAGAAAGAGAUCGUGUUGUAUGCGCACCAUAAGAAGCUUGACUAUUUCAGUACCGAGUGUAUAUACAGCCCGGAAGCCUUUAGGGGGAGCGCUAGAAGUUUAAUCAAGAAUUUAGAAAAGGUCCGCCCAAGUGCCAUACUGGAUGUCGUUCGCAGUGGCGAGGAUAUGGCAAGACUGGUUCCCGGAGCCGCACAAGAUCCCUGUCGUUGUGAUGGAAAGGCCUCAUCGCAGCAGACAAGUGUCGAGGAAGACAACAACAUCGGCGGUUGUGGGUCGGCGAAUGGUCGCUCAAAUGGGGGCGAGAUGGCAGCCAUGGAGAAGCAGCUCCGAGACAAUGAAGCAGCUCAGGCUGCAGGACUCGAAACCGAGAUCAUUGUCAAGGAGGCUGAAGUUCAGCAUCGUGAGAAGCCUAGUCAGUCCAACGGCCACCCAAAGACAGCCGGGACCAAUCUUCCCAUCAGGUUGAAACAAAAGUUGGGCACGUGUGAGAAAUGUGGUUAUAUGUCGAGCCAGAAGCUAUGUCAAGCUUGCAUGCUGCUCGAGGGGUUGAACAAGAAUAGGCCUGAUAUUACGAUAUAGAUUUGGGAUCCGGCGUUUCGGUAGAUUGGGCUUACUAGAACUGUAAUUGUUGGAAUGAUACCCAAAUAAAAGCAAUGGCCAAUUCGGAAUCAGCGCGACAAUAGUCAAGUAGAAAGGGUCAAUAUCAAGUGUUGUAUUUUUGUGA